GUCGCAUACAGGCUGCGAGUCACGUUUCUCGCGGUUGUUGUGCAUCAGAGAUACCCCCGAUAGAUUUUCGUCUAUCCUUCACCGAAAAGUUUUUAGACGUUAGGCCCCGCCUUUGUCCAUUUAAGGACCUCCGCCCGCUUCUUCUCACCCUCGACACACAGAAAUUCUCCCUCCCCCCAACAACCUGCAAAAUGGCUCCCGCUGCUUUGCACGACGCUUCGGCCGUCAAGUCGGAGAACUCAAAGGCCCUCAAGGCCCUCGAGGAGCUCAUGAGCAAGUUGACUGUGUCCAAGGCCCAGGACGAGAUCAACGCUGCUGCCAGCUCCAUCGCCACCUUUAUCAACGGCGACAUUGAGGAGGCUGACGCUCCCACAAAGGCCGUCGACCUGCUCAAGAAGCAGCUCGCCAGCAAGAAGGAUGCCGUCGCCCGCGAGCGUGCGCUGGACGCCAUCCGCGCCAUUGCCCAGCACGCCCAGGUCUCCGCUGCCGUCGAGCCCUACCUCGUCUCCCUCCUGCCGAACGUGCUGGCCGCUGUCGGCGACAAGAUGAGCGGUGUCAAGGUCGCUGCCCAGACGACUGCCGAGUCCAUCGUCGCCGCUGCCAACCCCAACGCCGUCAAGGCCAUCAUCCCCCACAUCAUCUACUCGCUCGAGAACGCACAAAAGUGGCCCGAAAAGAUGACGGACCUCAAGUGCAUCGAGAUCCUCACCAAGAGCGCUACCGCACAGAUGGCUUUCCGCGUCCCAGACCUGAUCCCCGUCAUCUCGGGAGCCAUGUGGGACACCAAGCCUGAAGUCAAGAAGGCUGCCUACACCACCAUGGAGACCCUGUGCUCUCUCAUCUCCAACAAGGAUAUUGAGCGCUUCAUCCCCGAGCUGAUCAAGUGUAUCGCCAAGCCCGAGAACGUCCCCGAGACGAUUCAUUUGCUCGGUGCCACCACCUUCGUUACCGAUGUCCACGAGCCCACUCUUGCCAUCAUGGUCCCCCUGCUCGAGCGUGGUCUCGUCGAGCGCGAGACGGCCAUCAAGCGUAAGGCGGCCGUCAUCAUCGACAACAUGUGCAAGCUUGUCGAGGACCCCCAGAUUGUCGCUGCUUUCUUGCCCAGGCUGAUGCCUGCUCUCGAGAAGAACCACGACAAUCUUGCCGAUCCCGAGGCUCGUGAGAAGACCCGCCAGGGUCUCGACACCCUCAUCCGCGUUGGCCACGUCGAGAAUGGCAAGAUCCCCGAGAUCGAGAAGAUUGGAGAUAUUGCCACCAUUGCCGGCCAUCUCAAGGCUGCCCUUCCCUCCAAGUACAAGAUCGACGAGCGUUUCACCCCUGUUGUCAACUACAUUGGCGCCAUCGGCGGUCAGCUGAUCGACGAGAAGGACUACGAGUCGUUCAACUGGACGGCCAACGCUGGCCCCUUCGUUGCCGUCCUAGUUGGCGAUGAGGAGUCCAAGGACGUCACCGAAGAUAUCCGCCAACGCUCCCUUCCCGGUGCUGCUCUGGAGAGGGCAGUGGAGCCCGAUGAGGAGGAGGGCGAGGAUCUCUGCAACUGCACCUUCAACUUGGCCUAUGGUGCUAAGAUCCUGCUCAACCAGACUCAUCUCCGUCUGAAGCGUGGUCAGCGUUAUGGCCUUCUCGGACCCAACGGUUCCGGAAAGACGACCCUCAUGCGUGCUAUCAACAACGAGCAGGUCGAGGGUUUCCCCAAGCAGAGCGAGGUCAAGACUGUCUACGUCGAGCACGACUUGGACUCUGCUGACACCGAGGAGACUGUCAUUGGCUGGACCCAGAAGAAGCUCAAGUCUGUUGGCAUUGAGAAGCCCCAGGAGGAGGUCGAGAAGACCCUCAACGAGUUCGGUUUCUCCGACGCCAUGUACAGCGGUCCCAUUGGUGCCCUUUCUGGUGGCUGGAAGAUGAAGCUCGCGCUCGCUCGUGCCGUUUUCGAGGAGCCCGAUAUCCUACUCCUUGACGAGCCCACUAACCAUCUGGACGUCAAGAACGUCAAGUGGCUCGAAGACUACCUGACCAACUCGCCUUGCACAUCCAUUGUCAUUUCUCACGACAGCAAGUUCUUGAACCACAUCAUUCAGCACGUCAUUCACUACGAGCGCUUCAAGCUUAAGCGUUACCGUGGUAACCUCGACGAGUUCGUCAAGCGUGUGCCUUCAGCUAGGUCGUACCACGAGCUCAGCGCCUCCGACAUGGAGUUCAAGUUCCCCGAGCCCGGUUUCCUUGAGGGUGUCAAGACCAAGGCCAAGGCUAUCCUCCGUGCUACCAACAUGAGCUUCCAGUACGAGGGUACCUCCAAGCCCCAGAUCACCGACAUCACCUUCCAGUGCUCGCUUGGCUCUCGUAUCGCCGUCAUUGGCCCCAACGGUGCCGGAAAGUCGACUGUCGUCAACGUCUUGACUGGUGAGCUUGUCCCCACCAAGGGUGAGAUCUACCACCACGAGAACAUCCGUAUCGCCUACAUCAAGCAGCACGCUUUCGCCCAUAUCGAUCACCACCUGGACAAGACUCCUUCCGAGUACAUUCAGUGGCGUUUCCAGACUGGUGAGGACCGUGAGACCAUGGACCGUGCCAACAAGAUCGUCACCGAGGAGGACGAGAAGGCCAUGGACAAGAUCUACAGGAUCGAGGGUUCGCAGCGUCGUGUCAUUGGUAUCAACUCGCGUAGGAAGUUCAAGAACUCGUACGAGUACGAGUGUUCGUUCGCGCUCGGUGACAACGUCGGUCUGAAGAACGAGAAGUGGACGCCUAUGAUGACUGCUGACAACGCCUGGAUUCCUCGUUCCGAGAUCAUGGCUUCUCACGCCAAGAUGGUUGCUGAGGUCGAUCAGAAGGAGGCUCUUGCCAGCGGUCAGUUCCGUCCUCUGGUCCGUAAGGAGAUUGAGGCUCACUGCGCCAACUUUGGUCUCGAUGCCGAGCUUGUUUCUCACUCGCGUAUGCGCGGUCUGUCUGGUGGCCAGCGUGUCAAGGUCGUCCUUGCCGCGUGCUCAUGGCAGCGUCCCCAUUUGAUCGUCCUUGACGAGCCCACCAACUACCUCGACCGUGACUCUCUCGGUGCCUUGUCCAAGGCCAUCAAGACCUUCGAGGGUGGUGUCAUCAUCAUCACUCACUCGGCUGAGUUCACUGAGGGCCUCACUGAGGAAGUCUGGGCUGUCAUGGACGGCAAGAUGACGCCUUCCGGCCACAACUGGGUGCAGGGUCAGGGUGCUGGACCUCGUUUGGGCAAAGAUGAAGGCGAAGAAGUUGAGGUAUUUCCCCCACCCCCCCUUUUUAUUCUGGCCUUUGCUAACCUGUAUGACUAAGCAAUUCGACGCAAUGGGUAACAAGAUCGCUUCCCAGGCAAAGAAGAAGAAGUUGACUUCGUAAGUAUCCCCAGGAAUAUUUUUCCUCUAAAAAAAAUCAACUGGGACCGAAUGCUAAUAAUUGCCACAGAAGCGAGAUGCGCAAGAAGAAGAAGGACCGCAUGGCCCGCCGCAAGCGUGGUGAGGAGGUCUUCUCCGACGAGGAUGAUUAGAUCAU